GCCGGUGGAGAAAUGGUCCUCCCAAUCGGUCAUUGGCUAACAGACGUCAAAAACCAUCCAAUGGUCCUAGAACACACGGGCGAGGGUGAUGACAGCGUGGUGAUUGAGGGUAUAAGAGGUCUUAAGCGCACCACGUACCCGGCGUGGAAACCAGUGGGGGAACCUCGCCACUACAACAACUGGUUUUUCGUCUUAGACUAUCGCGCCAGUUACACCAUGACGAAGCUGAGGAUUGUCAGCGACGGCUGUGACUGGCAGCACGACGUGAAGGCCUUCACGCUUCACGUGUCUCUCAGGAGUAGCCCUUACGACUGGACACUCGUCACGACUGUUACUGACGUGGCCGCCAACUACACUCUCCCGCAGUACUACGCCGGUUUCUCGGCGUCCGGACGCUACUGGAAGGUCACCGUCACCGAAACCUAUUCGGGCAUGGAGCCGUGGCUGAGACCGUUUCAUCUGUAUGGCAUCAAAGGUUGUCGGAGAGAUGUCCCACCUGACAUGUUGUUACCCUUCGAUGACGACAUCUGCUGUGUACCAGGCCGUAUAGACUGGAAUCGUCAGCCGGAGCUGAGUGGACUGCUGUGUUCGCACAAUGCCCGGUGCAGGCCCAGGGUGUGUGGGCUACGCAUGACGGAAAAUUCCUGCGCGUGUGACAAGGCAUGCAGGAUAUUUGGAGACUGUUGCUAUAACUACGAAGCCGUCUGUGGGGACGACGUAGCAGACGACGAAGCUCUCCCUGUCAUACAGCAAGACUCCUGCAAGGGACGAUGUUACAUGGAGAACAUUGUCAGUGUCGAUGUCGUGACGUGCAACUGCACGAGUUCCUGUAACACAACCCAAACAUGUUGCGAUGAUUUUGAAGAUGUCUGCCAAAGCGAAAAAGACGACGGGAACUGGACCAUUUCUUGGUACACUUUUGACCGUUUUGUUCUUCUUGGACAGCCGCUGCAGUGCGUGGCCCCCUGGAGAUCCCGUGCCCACUUCUGGAUGGUGGCGAGUUGCCCGCCCGGCUACACAGACGACGUCGUCCGGGGGAUGUGCGAGACUUCCGACGGGCACGUCGACAUGUUUCUCCACGCUCCUGUCACCGACAACUCCACCGACACCAACUACAGAAACGUCUUCUGUGCCCUGUGUAACGACGCUAGGUACAUGUUAGGCUGGAAAAUGGUCGCCAAAUGUGGCAGGCGCGUCCUUUCGCUAAAAGAAAUUCUACAAAGAGACAAGGGUUGUCAGCAGUAUUUCCGACCGUCAGGCUAUUCCUCUGCGCGACUGUGCUUCCCUCCCCAUACAACAGCUCCUAGUUCUAGUCCUGCCUGCGACGUCGAAAAGUGUCGAAACAUCACCGCUCUCUUCUUUGCAAAAGGUGUACCCUUUAGGAACUCCGCCUGUGCAAAUUGUUACGCAGAUAGGGCAUCUCUUUGGGAGGCUUCAUGUACCGAAGACGACUUUGUAUGGGCUGGCUUCUUCUCUACUAUAACUGUCCUUUUCGACUACUCGAAUAUUUUCCAAAGCAAGAUGUCGUCCAGAGAACUUGAGCUAAAGGACCAUACAGAGUCGUGUUCGGUUGGAUACAUAUAUGACCCGUUUCGAGGCAGUUGCCGCCAAAUUUCCCCCGAUGCUCUGAUGAAAUUUAGCCAAGUUCCUGGUGUAGAAGAGACGAGAGCUUCUUUGGAAAAUGAUCCUGACAAUGUUCGUAGUGCCCCAACCCCGAGUAUCGUCACGGUAGAUAGCACACCGACUCCACACACAGUUCUCCCAAAGCUAAGCGCUACAUUCAUUGUUGUCAACACUGUCACUGGUGCUUCUGCCUCCGUUUCUAUCCUAUCCCUCCUCUCCAGCCUUCGACACCACCCACGCCCUGACACUGUCGUGAAAAUCUGUUUCCUGACUUCUCUUCUUCUGGCUCAGACCAGCCAAGUCGUGGGCCAGGUCGUUCCGUCAGCAGCCUGUUGCACAGCCAUGUUGGUGUGCACGCUCUGUUUCUGCCUCGCCGCUGGUCUAUCUCUCACUGCCACAAUCCAACACCUGUCUAUCCUACAGCGAGGUGGCACCUGUAAAGUAGCCGGCCAUCUCUUAGUGAUUUUGCUGAUUCCGCUGGCAAUGUCGGGAGGUUACAUUGCACUGGAUGACUCAAUCCGCAUGGGGGCGUCCCAGGAGUCCCACAGCUUUCCUCACUGUUGGAUCCAAGACCCUACGAAAAUGGCAAUCUUUGUCGCCGCGCCCUUUCUGAUCUGUACUGCAAUCAACCUCUACUACCUGCUACGCAUUGCCAUGAGGUGCGCUGCCGCCGAUUGCGUGCAGUACUUCUUUCUGACACAGGCGGCGCUGCUUUUUCUCCCAUACACCAUUGCCAUGACCACUGGGAUUCUCACGGCCUUCGUAGGUGUAGAGUCACUGCGCUCGUUUUUCCUGUACAUGGUCACCUCUUUGGGUGGGAUAGACGGGUUCCUUUUCUUGGUAUUUUCGAUUGUUGACGAUGAGAACGACAAUCCCAAUGAUUCCUCGCACGGCAACGCCCCGACUUUACCGAUUCAAGCUGUAUCUUCACUCAACUCUUCUACUAAAUAA